UCUUGUUUUAAUUCUUUAGUUAUGGAUGAGGCCAUUCUAAAAUAUUUAGCCGUAGUUGUUGUACUUGUUGCCUCCCGUGAAGUUGUUAGAACUCAGGGAAGGCAGAUAAAGGCUUGGAACCAACAUUCCAAGACGAACAAAGACACUGCCAUUGAUGGUAUCAUUCCUACUUCAUCAAAGAAGGCUGUUGAUGAGUCACUUCAUAACGUUAAUUCUGUCCCUGAAGAUUCAUCAAAUGGAGAUCACAUCAUAAGUACUUACCGACCAACAACGCCAGGAAACAGUCCUGGGGUUGGUCAUCGAAAAUUUGGAGAAGAAAGUAGAGAUACAAAAACAAAGGAGGUGGUAGUGGAAAGCCCAGACGCUAAACAUUAUUAUUCUGCGAUGUCUAAAGGAUCCGAAACUUAUUUCAAGCCUACAGAGCCAGGUCACAGCCCUGGCGUAGGGCAUGCUGCUCAUCAAAACAAGGGUAAUGGAGAAGUGGAAGGUGUGCAAAAUCAAUUAAGUAAUUAAUCAGCCGAGUCUUUCAGAAGCUCAAAUGUGGUGUGCAAUUGAAUUAAUACGGGUAUGUGUGAUGUUUUCAAUGUUGUUAUGCAUUAGUAGAACGCUGUGUGUAUUCUUGCAUGUUAAACCAUGCAAAACAUUAUUCUAUACUUUCUCUGUAACUCUGCAAUAAUGAAAGUUGUUUGUAC